CUACUCGCUGUGGACAACCCACGUAUAGAAACGGCUACGUAAUCCAUGCGAGGGAGCGUGUUGUGUGUGCGUGAGGGAGAGUGAUCAAUCGCUCCUUCUCCGUCUCUGUGGCGUGGGAGGCGUCUGUCAAACGGACCCGUGGAGAGUCCUUUCUGUCCGUCCGAGUGGAGGACACUACACACCGUCGUCUGUUCAGAGCAGCUGAAGUUUGGAGUCUGUAAAGCCGGUGUUGCUCUUUGGGGGAUACGCCGCUGCCACCCGGGAAGACCCAUCACAUUGUGUGCUGAAAGGAAGUUGAAGCAAACAGGUGGGAUUUGCUCCAAAGCUGCUCGCAUUGGGCAGCACAGAUAUUCCAGCCUACAAUAAACCAGUCAGAGGAAGAAAAAGAAAAGAAGAACAGAAAAGCAAAAACGCGGGGCGGUGGCAUCAUUUCUGUGUUUUAACAGCGACUAAUUCAAUUCCUCCGUCUGACUGGACCUGCUUUGCAGCUGGGUGCGAAUAAUCUGGGAGCCGAACCGAGCCGCCAUGGACGCGUUGAUGAAGGGUUUCUCCAAAGCCAAGGAUGGGGUCGUGGCAGCGGCGGAGAAAACCAAGCAGGGAGUGACUGGAGCGGCUGAGAUGACGAAGGAUGGGGUUAUGUAUGUUGGUACUAAAACAAAGGAUGGAGUCUCCACAGUCGCUGAAAAAACGGUGUCUGGAGUGUCUCAUAUGGGCGGAGCUGUGGUUACCGGGGUUACGGCUGUGGCCCAGAAAACUGUGGAAGGAGCGGGCAACAUCGCCGCUGCCACUGGAUUGGUCAAGAAGGAUCCAGCCAAACAAGGUGAGGAUGUCUCAGCAGCACCAGAUGCAGUGGAAUCACCGAUCGAUACCGACUCCACUGAACCUACAGAGGAGGACUCAGACGACUGAGCGGCUCGACGGCUUCACAGUCGAAGCAAAAUGACCCAAACAUUCCAUGUCGCUCUGCCAAGUCCCGUCGUGCCUCGUCUCUGGUCCGUCAUGGAGUCUGUGCUUGGCGUCUGUGCGUUUCUGUGCGUGCCGUUCUGUGUGUCUUUGCAGUAAAUAUCUUGUAGGGAGACAGAGUGAUGUCGUGCGAGUGUGUUGGCACGUCCUGCGUCCCGGGCGGCGGCUCAGGUGUGUGUGUGUUCUGUGACCAGCUGUCGUUUACAGUGACUCCCUCCCACUGAGAAGGCCACCUGAUCUGAGUGCGUGUGUGUGUGGGUGGGUGUGUGUGUGUGUCUGUCCGCUGUCAGCUGGUUGGCUGCGUCCGUAACACAAACAUGGAAGAAUACCACAAUCUACAAACACCUAAGUGUCUCUAUAUAAAGGAACAAUCCACACAGAUCUGUUUGAGAUGAAUGCAUAAUGAUAUUCUCUCUUUUGUUGUGUAUUUUGUCAUUGUUUUUUGCAAUGAGUACUAUGAAGUACUGGGCUGCUUGUGCAUUCAUGUUGUAUUUUAUAGCAUGUAAAAGUAAUAUUCAGCUUCACUGCUGUAUCAUGAAUUUAUUUGGAUUCAAACAUUGAAUAAAAUAUGUAAAGUGUG